GUUGAAACCCGCGGAGGCCAGAGGGGCGCAGCUGCUGGAGAGGGCGGCGGAGCUGGAUAGUUAGCCCAGUGCCGGACCGCCAAGACGGCCGCGCCGUCGCCCGGCUCCGUCUUCCCAGGCUUGUCCGUCUGCCCGGGCGGGCCCACAUUGAUGCAAGAUCGAUCCGGGCGAAUGCGAAUACUCUUGGGAGAAGCAAAGGGGGGCGCCCCGACUUCGGUGCUUUUCUGCCGCCCGUCGUCCAGAAGGCCGGCCAGGAGCAGCGCAGACAAGUCCGCCAGUGCAUUGGCGGCGGCGAGCACAUUCGGAAAAAGGGCGCGCCGCCCUUCAUGCGGGGGGCCGAGAAAGUUGCCUCGCGGGAAUACUUUCGCAGUCGCAGCACGCGCCGGAGCGAGAUGCUGCGCCAUGGCCUGUGAAUUCCCGGGCAUGUUCCUACGUGCGGCAGAAGUAGGGGCGCGAGGGUGCAGCGUGCCGAGACGUCGGCGCCGGCGUGCCGCAGGUUGGGAAAUUAGGCCCCGCCCUUCGGUGCCUCCUCAUCCAGGACCUUUUUCGCCAACUCCGGCGGAGGGGCGCGCAGCGUCCGCCUUCUUCAUCUUCACCGGCAGCGCCGUCAUCAUCGCCCCCGGUUUCGCGGCACGAUAUCCGGGGGCCAGAACAUGGACAGGCAGGCGGCCCCGCGCGCCGGGAUGACAAAAAGGCCGCCACUCGCGAAGCGCCGCGCCGCCGCCUUUUCUGCCUUUCCCCGCCCCCCGCCUACUGGGCGCUGCC